AUGCCUAUAGCAACUCGACAAGAAAGAGAAUUGUUGAACCUUGAUGAAACCCUCCUACACGAGAUCCCAAUCGAUGAAUUCCUACGCGACCUCCCAACUGAUGCAGCCGUGCACGAUCUCUCACUCGAUCUUGUCAAUGCAUCUACCAGUUUCCAGUCCCAGAAAGCUUAUGGCAAUUUGGGAUACACUGGCACUCUUCCACUCAACACCAUGAACUAUAUGACAAAUCCACUCCCAGGGCAGAUACCUGAAUCCCGAGUGAACUACUUUCAGCCAACGUACCAUGAACAUAGCUUCACACCCAUACCCUAUGUUCAUCCUACUGCUUUUGAAACCGGCUUCACCAUCCAAGAACCAAUGUUAGCGAGCAUUCCACCCACAGCUUUUGGCCCCAGCUUCGUCACUGCAGAGCCAACUUUAUGGAGCAUCCACCCAACUGCUUUUGGUUCCAGCUUCACCACCCAAGAGCCAACUUUAGCGAGCAUCCACCCCGCCCGAUUUGAAGGCACGCCGCAAUCUCAUCGAAACAACACUCCAACUCAGGCUAAUACUAUCAGAUGCGACUGGCAGGGUUGCACAUACAAAGGCACCUUUGGUCGCAGGGCAUUCAAAUGUCCAGAAUGUGGGAGGGAGUUCAAUCGGAAAGAAAACCUCCAAGGUCACUUGGAAAGUGUCCAUAUGUCAUCUCGGCGACGCAGGUGA